CUAGCUAAAAACUUUUCUGAAGAGAGAACAACCUCUGACCUCUACCAUAAGGCCGCGCGAUUUCAACAUCGAGGCUCGGCGAAAGGUUCGUGCAGUUCUAACUGUGGACUGGACCAUGAAUUUACGAUGGCACGAGACGUGCGGCGUGUGUCCAUGUGCAUGCUCGUGUUGAGCAUAUCCUUUAGACUGAGGCUAGAGAAGACGGCAACAAGAGGUCCAUUCAAGCAUGAGGGCAUUGUUAGUGCUAAAUCACGCACAUGUUUUGGUUAAUACUUGCUGUGCCCUAAUGUUGCCACGGUGAUAUUAUACUGACUUAAUGAGGUGGAUGGUGCAAAUGACCAUUCGCGGUGCAAAAACAUCUGUUGGCAAUGGUUUCUUUAUGUGGUCGGUUUGAUUCAACUUUUACAGACUCAAUGUAAGGCUCAGCAUGGUAGAUGAAAAAGGUUGGUUACUAAUUACCAGCAUGAAAAUGAGCUGAAAGAUGGUGUGGGUCAAGUAACGUCCCCAGUAUGAGUCGCUGAGGAAGGCCCGCACACAGGUAAACGGUCCUGGUCUAACUUGCUCAUGUUGUUUGCCGCACUUGCAUUCCCUUGCUCAAGAACUCUGGUCAGAAACAGCACCAAGUUCACUCCCACCCUGAAGAAUGCUAGUGUGGCUAGCCUGGAUUCGCUGCAACAGAUUGAGAUGAACAACAGACACCAUGACACAAGAAUCUUUGUAUGACUUGCUGAGGGUGCCGUGUUUGUUCAGUUCCUUUUCUUUUUAUGUUGCUAGUGUUCAGCGUUAGAGAGAAGAACCUCCGACCUCUACCAAAAGGCCGUGCAAUUUCAACGUCGAGGCUUGGCAAAAGCUGCAGGCUAGAGAAGACAAUGCCAAUGAUUGAGGAGAAGAUUUUUCCCAUGGAGGAAAAUUAUGGCAGCAAGGAAAACACAGGUCCAUUCAAGGAUGAGGGCAUUGUUAUUGAGAAGGCGAGCACCGGCGGAUGGAAGUGGACGAGCCUCUUCCUAGUUGUUCACCUCAAUGUGCUGCAGCAAAUCCAGGCCAACAACACUAGCAUUCUUCAGGGCAGGAGUGAACUUGGUGCUGUUUCUGACCAGAGUUCUCGAGCAGGGGGAGCGCAAAUGCAUCCAAGAACGUGUGCAAGUGGAUAGGACCAUUUACUUGUGUUCCUUGAUCGGGUUACUUGACCUGCAGCAUCUUUCAGCUCAUUUUCAUGCUGUAACUUACCUUUUUCAUCCACCAUAUCGAGCCUUACGUGUAGUUUGUAUGCAAAAGUCGAACUUUGGUUGCCUCCAUCAGUACAAGCCGAGUGAAUUAUCUUCUA